CCUUGGCGCCGGCGGCUGCGCGAGAGCGAUUCAUCGGCGAGAGUGCAAACGCUGUGCACUCGUUUCGCAAGCGAUCGCUGCGCUACCAUGCUCACGGUGCUCACGGCAGAGGAGCUCUUCGUCGCCCUCGCAAGGGAUGCAGUAGCAAUCCCCGUCAGCACAGCCUUUGCACGGGUCGCGCUCCGCGGCCGGCGGGAACGCCUUGGUGUCGUCUACGUGCAAGCAGUACUGCUCGCGUGCCUCGCCGCCGUGAACGCCCAGCGCCUCGCGACGGCCGUCUACUGGCGCGACAUGGCCCUCACGACUGCCUGCGAGGUCCUGUCGCUCCUCGCGCCGCAGCAUCUCUUGGGCGCGGUCGUCGCUUCCACCGUAACGGGCGCGGCCAUCGCCUGCGGCCGCGGCGGCCUCGCGCUGCGGGCCUUCGUCGCGCUCGCGGUCGCCUACGCCGCGGCACCCACAACUACUGACGCCGCGGACGUCAAAACGAUGAAGGUUUCUGAGCUGAGAGCCGCGCUCGAGGCCGCGGGCGCCGACGCGACGGGCCGGAAGGCCGAGUUGGUCGAGCGCCUCGCCGCGGCGCAACGACCACAGUUCACACGUCUCCUCGCCGCGCUGGUGGCGGGGCUCGGGGCCUUCGUCGCCGGGCCGCGGGUAGCUCGCUACUUGCUGCCGGUCGCGGAGCUCGAGCGGGCCUACGGCGCCUUCGCGGCCGUCGGCGGUGCUGGCUUCCGCGAGCGGACCGUGGCUCUAGUUUUCGUCGGUUUGCGCAUCCAAUUAGGCGUGGGCCAGCUCGGCGUCGACUAUCUGCGGGCGGCGCAGCGGCGGAAGAAUCUGUUGGUGGGGGCGGGCGGCCAGAAGCCGCUCGGCGCGAAACCGUAUGGCCGGAAGGUCAUCGCUUUUGUGAUGGCGGCGGCCAUUCCGUACCUGGUGCAGCGGACGGCGCUGGAAGCGACCUACGAAUUAUCAUUCAGACGGUACACGCAUUCGCUCACUAGAUCGCUGCGCCUGGACAGCGUGCUCGGCGGCGACGCGCGGGCUCUCACCGCCGUCGCGGCCUCGGAUCUCACGCUAGAAGCCCACGCGUCGACGCUCGAGACAUCUGCUAGAAGAUGUUAUGAAUUGGCGUCGCGGAAGGUCUUCUCCGUGCCCAAGCUUCUAUUAUUACCAACGAUGAUCUCUCGACAUCCCAAAGCGUUUCUCGCAGCUUUGCCCGUCUUCUUGGCGUUGGACGGGGCCAAAGCGAGAGGCAUCGCGGCGCUCACGCAAGCCGUCGAACGUAGGAGGAAAGUGGCCAAGACGCUCGCCUCCACGCGUUCGAAGGUGGAAGCGCGAGAUGUCCAAGAUGCGGACGCUCUCCGAGCCGCCGACGGCGAGGCCUUCGUCAAGGAACGGUGGGCGUCUCUAGCUUCUUCGAUCGAGCGCGAGAAGGCCUUUGGGACCUUCUACGAGACGAUCCGGAGGUACGUGCGAUGGUUGUACUGGUCCGAUUUUCUCACGCCGGCGCUCGAGGUGGCCUUGGCUGGGUUGCUCGAGAGAGGAUUGAUCGACGUGGGCGAGGUCUGGGUCACGGCGCGCGCCUUGGAGGACGGCCUCGACACGCUCCUGACGCGGAGUCGCGCGGAGGCGGAGCUCGGCGAGUUGCUAGCGGACGUCGAACGGUUGGAGACCUUCGCUCGGGCGUUGGAUGAAGUGCAUGACGAGGACGAGUCGUUAGCUCGAACUUGUAGCGUUGGCGACCUGGCGCUCGACGUUUCAUUCUCGAGGGGUGCGGCAAAGGUCCGCGCCAAGGCUUCAGCACAACCGGGCGACGUCCUCGCCGUGUCCGGCCCGAAUGGUGGAGGCAAGUCGUCGCUAUUUGCGCUACUCCAAGCCUGCGCGCGCGGCGACGCGGCGCCCCCGCCUGGACUAGUUUUAAAUGAAGGCGUCGUGGCCGUGCCUCGUACAUUAAUACACGUCGCCCAGCAGCCCUACUGCCCGCUCCACGCCGUACCUUUAGCUUGGGCUACUACUCGUGUCGAGGCGAGUGUGGACGACGUCGCAUCACUACUCGAUGCCCUGGACUUCUACCCCGGAGCGUCCACAAACACGACGCUGCUAACCGAGGAGCAGGACGACUUCUGCGGAAGCUUGUCCGGCGGCCAGCGCGUCAAGUUUGAACUAAUGAGACAGGUCCUCUUGCCCCACGAAAAAGGCAUGCCGUGCCCCGACCUGUUGCUCCUGGACGAGAUCUUUUCGCCGCUCGAUCCCGCAUCAAAAGCAGUAGCGCAGAAGAGUAUCAAAGACGCCUGCCCCUCCUCAGUCGUAUUGGCCAUCUUCCACGCGGAGGCCGGUGCUUGUGUGCCGGCCUUCGACUUCUUCACCGGUGUCCUGCACUUCGAGCGCGGUGCGGACGACGUGACGGGCGUAUCUAGAGUUAGUACUUGUUAA